UUGACAAUGACGCAUGUACACAUCUCCCCUGACAUGUAGACCUAUCAAAUACAGAAAUAGAAAUCGCUCUAGGUGGUGGCAAGUAGGGAAAAUUUUCCACUAUAGCCCGAGAAGUUACAGAUGCUGUGUAGUAUUUGUUAAUGUAAUAGUUUUACGUUUUAAAUUUACCAAGUUAAUCAGCAGGGAAUCUUCGUGAAUAGGUCCAAACCGGAGAGAAGGUUUCGUUAUAAUUUGAAACCUAAACAGCACAUAGUCCCUUUCAUCGAACCUUGGAACAAAUAAUUAAUCGCAAAUUAUAGGCUGUUAAGGCCAGAACUGAAGAAAAGUGAUGGACUUCCUAGCGGGCUGCAUAGGAGGUGCUGCAGGAGUCUUGGUUGGACAUCCAUUUGAUACAGUCAAGGUCAGACUUCAGGUCCAGAGUGUGGAAAAACCCCUGUACAGAGGGACCUACCACUGCUUCCAGUCGAUCAUACGCCAGGAAUCAAUGCACGGGCUGUAUAAAGGCGUAGGCUCACCCAUGAUGGGCCUGACGUUCAUCAACGCCAUCGUGUUCGGCGUCCAGGGCAACACCAUGCGCCUGCUGGGUCAGGACACGCCCCUGAAUCAGUUCCUGGCGGGGGCGGCGGCCGGUACUAUCCAGUGUGUGAUCUGCUGCCCUAUGGAGCUGGCCAAGACGCGCAUGCAGAUGCAGGGCACUGGCGAGAAGAAGAAGUCCUCGCGUAAGGUCUACAAGAACUCGCUGGACUGCCUGGCGCGCAUCUACCAGCGCGAGGGCCUGCGGGGCGUCAACCGCGGCAUGGUGACCACGCUGGUGCGCGAGACCCCCGGCUUCGGAGUCUACUUUCUGGCUUACGACCUGCUGACGACCAGGAUCGGUUGCGAGCCCGACGACCCAUACAUGAUCCCCAAGCUUCUGUUCUGCGGCGGCAUGUCGGGCAUCGCCUCCUGGCUCUCUACGUACCCCGUGGACGUGAUCAAGUCGCGGCUGCAGGCGGACGGCGUGGGGGGCGUGUACCGCUACAGCAGCAUCAUGGACUGCGUGCGGCAGAGUGUGGCCAACGAGGGCUGGACGGUGUUCACGCGCGGGCUCACCUCCACACUGCUACGAGCGUUCCCUGUCAACGCCACCACCUUCGCCACCGUCACACUCGUGCUCAUGUACGCACGCGGCGAAACCGGCGGGGCCAACGACUGCGAGCUGGCCCCGGUGCCGGUCGCCACCACGGCACAGACACAGACCCACAGCACCUCUCUGCAGACCCAAGCCAGCAGCCUGUAACCCCCUGAGCCCACAGUGGCACACACACACACACACUCGAGACACGCGGUGCAGACAUGACCAGAGUAUAAGAGGCACAUGUAUAUAAGAAAUGCCCUAAUAUGCAACUAAACCUAUUUAUGUUUUCUUUCUUUUACAAUAUGCCUUAAGAAGAGAAAAUAUGUUUAAGGAUAUAUGGUAAAGAGUAUUGACAUUGAAGUGCAAAAGUAACUGCUGUUCUUCUGGAGAAGUCUGGGUUUGAAGGUUUAGUAGAAAUAGAGAUAAGAGGUUUGGUCUGAACUAUGACCCAGAGUGUGCUCAGAUGACCUGCCUCCUCCUCCUCUUCUUCUUCUUCCUCCUCCCCAUCCGCCUCCUGUCCCACCCCCUCCUCUUACUCCC